AUGCACCUCAUAUGCUUAGGCGUCAUGCGCCGACUUCUCCGCAAUUGGGUCUGCCAGGGACACAAGACGAGGUUGAGCAGAGAGCAACGAAACCGCCUCAACGAAGGACUGCGACAGUCAGCCAUGUCCUUUCCAUCGUGUUUCCAGAGGAAGCCGAGAGGCACAGAAGAACUGGACCGCUGGAAGGCAGCUGAGUUUAGGACCUUUCUGCUCUAUGUAGGGCCAGUGCUUCUGAGGUCUUUGCUGACAAAUAAGCAGUAUGAGCAUUUCCUGAUGUUCCAUGUGGCAGUGAAAAUACUUACAUCACCAGAACACCACACAACCUACAGCAGAUUUGCCCGGGACUUGCUCAGAUACUUCGUACAAGAGUUUGGUGGUCUUUACGGAGAGAAACAGCUUGUUUAUAAUGUUCACAGCCUCAUCCACCUUGCCGACCAGUGCCUGGAUCAUGGCCCUCUAGAUGAGUUUAGUGCUUUCCCAUUCGAAAGCUACCUGGGGAAGAUAAAGAAGAAGCUUCGAUCCCCUCGUGAGCCACUUGCACAGCUUAGCAGGAGGUUGUCUGAAGUCCGAGACGUUUCCCACAUGCUAACGAAAGAAGUGCAGAAGUCUGUCAAGCCAGGGGACGUCUUCAUGCUGAACAAGUCACCUGUUGUCGUCCUUGAGAUCCUUCAAGACAGUUUCAAGGGAGGCAUCUUGCCAAAUGCAAGAGACUUCUUCAAGGUUCCCAUGAAGUCAUCGGAGCUUGGCGUCUGGAGGUGUGAUACCUUUAGACAGGGGACCAAGGUCUGGCCUCUUUCGGAUAUCCUGGAGGGAGUACAAUGCGUGAUGCUCAAGUACAAGGGAGGACAUGUCAUAUUACCGCUUCUUCACCUGAAUUGAUAUUUAGGUGAAGCCGCUGGGUCACCGGGACGUUUGCUAGAAUAUUCAUGUGCCAAGAACAAGGUUAAGUUUUCUUCGUGGCAAACUUUUGCUCUGCAAACUAUUGUGUGAUUUGCUGUGUGUUGUGUGCAGUGUCCUUGCAGACGCUUGAAGAGCCCUUGCUGUGGCGGGAUGUUGCCUUCGCCUACGACUUUUUCUUCACUUGUGUAGGUUGUUAUCUGGUUCAUACUUUGCCUGUGGUGUCCGUGCAGAGGUCUGGAAAGUGCUAGCUGCAGUGUGUUGUUUCUUUCGUCUAGAACAUUUGCUCCGCUCAUGCAGGCUGCGAAGUGGCUCAUACUAUGUGUACGGUGUCCAUGCAGACGU